GGCUGCCCAGACUUUCGCUUUCGCCCGCCUCCGCGCGCCAGCCAGGUGUCCUCGCGAUCCCCUAUCGCUCUGGGGUCCAGUCGCCGCGCCCCAGACCCGACCCCCGUCACAGUGCGUUCCCCAAAUGGCCGGCGACCCCUGGCGGAGAGAGGAGGAGAAGGUCCCCGACGGCAGGCGACCCAUGGUGGGAGCCAGGGGGCCCCUGCGCCUCCGCGACUGGCUGGUGGCGCAGAUCGAGAGCGGGCGCUACGCAGGGUUGCGCUGGGAGGACGAGGGCAAGACCCUCUUCCGCAUCCCCUGGAAGCACGCAGCCAAGCAGGGCUACCGGGCGCAGCAGGACGCGGCGCUCUUCAGGGCCUGGGCCAUAUACAAGGGCAAGCACGUAGAGGGCAUUGACAAGGACGACCCCUCCACCUGGAAGACGCGGCUCCGCUGUGCCCUCAACAAGAGCGCCGACUUCUGUGAGGUGCAUGCGCGCAGCCAGCUGGACAUCUCCAACCCCUACAAGGUCUACCGGAUUGUGUCCGACGGUACCGAUGGCCCAGUUACCAGGGCUUGUGCUCCCCCUCAAGAGAAGGGCAUUCUCCAGAGCCAGGCGGAGCCCCCUGGAGAAGUGACGGAGCUGGCCUGCAGGACAGACCAGGAUGGCUCCGAACUAGCCACAGAGGAUAAGGACAAGCAGCAGCCUAGGGGGCUGGCCCAGCAGGGCUCCCUGCCACCAACCACCCUGCUCCUGGGCCCUUUGGCUGACCACAGGUACCAGGCACAGGACCCUGCACACCCUUGGAGCCCCUCGCCCCCUGAGGACUUCAGCAACCCUGAUUGCUGGCUGCACGUGCGGCUGUUCUAUGGCGCCGAGCUGGUGCGCGAAGCCACCGCGCGCACCGCAGAGGGCUGCAGUCUGAGCCCGCGGGCGGCCGCCGCCGCCGCCGAGCGCCUGCUGGGGCCGCCGCGGCGCAUGGCGCAGGUUCGCUUCCCGGAGCCGCCGCCCGGCGCCCGCGUGCUGCAGCGCCUGCUGCCGCACCUGGAACGCGGCGUGCUGCUGUGGGUGGCGCCCGAGGGCGUAUUCGCCAAGCGCCUGUGCCAGGGCCGCGUGUACUGGCGCGGCCCGCUCGCCCCGCACCGCGCGCAGCCCAACAAACUGGAGCGCGAGCGCACCUGCCAGCUGCUCGACACGCGCCGCUUCCUCGCUGAACUGCGCGCCCACCUGCAGGAUGGUCACCCAGAGCCCGAGUACCAGAUCCGUCUGUGCUUUGGCGAGGAGUACCCAGGGCCCCCAGACCAGCCUGAGGAGCGGCUCAUCAUGGCCCAUGUGGAGCCAGUCUUCGCCCGGGAGCUCCUCCUGCAUAUGAAGCGCCACGGCCAUGGUGCCCGGGCCGCAGGUCUCCAGCCCUGCAUCCAAGGCAUCACUCACCAUUGACGCAGCUGAGUCAGCCCUAAGCAGCUGCUUCUUCCUCAUGCCCUCUAAAGUCAGCCCCCCACAAGGUGCAGACCACACCCCAGCCCUGCCCAAACUGAGCCAGAGGUCUUGGGGUCUCCCCCCACCCAUCACCCAGGUAGGUUGGGACAGUGGAAGCCGAUGGCGGCUCCACCCUCUCAGCCAUGGAGAUGAAGCCCUGGAACGUGGCACGUAGCCCCAGCAGCUGGGCCUAGGGCAUCAGGCGGAAACCAAACUCAAGCUUGAGGUUCUGGAAACAGCAAUUACAUCAGAAACAAGACUUCAUCUCUUUGCUGAGAGCCCAACAUGCAUAUAGUGGUUUACUAAAAGCACACCUUAACUGUG